CGAGCGCUCGCAGCAUCAGCAACACACACUUCCGCACGCACACACACACCCACCCACACACACAUACACAAAGAGGUCAGCUCGCGUGCUGCGACUUGACGCCAGACACAAUAAAGCAGACAUAGGAACUGAUCCCCGUGCCGUCACACACGCUGGAGAGGCCUGCAAGAUGAGGAAUAUCAUUCUUCACUGAGAAAACCGAAAGAGAUGGUCCUGUUAUUCGUAACCGAGUGAUGGCAAGGAAUAAACCCAGGACUAAAAGAAGACUGUGUACAAGUUCAAAAAGACUUUGAUGAAAAUAAAAAUGGAGAUCAAGCAUUUGGGGGAAAAAAAUAUUUAAUGAAAGAGUUUAACAACCAAGAAAAAAAGCAAUACAAGUGUCUCGUGAUCUCCGUAAGCUUUUCUAUUUCCUAUUAUUGUCAUCUUCUCCUUCCAUUUUCUUGUUAUUGUUGCACACACAAACACAUCAAUGAGAAAAAUAACUCUGUGUUCACGCUUAUUCCCCCUCUACUCUUGCUGCAGACAAAGCCCGUCAUAACCAUGAUGACGGACAGUAAGGAGGCGAAGCUUGAUGCACAGGUAGAGGUAACAGUAUCUGAAGGCCCAGAGCGGCGACGGCAGGGCAAAAUCCAGCCAUUCCGGCGUCGACUUGGGAAGAAGAAAAGGAGGGAAGCAGAACGUGGGUUUGAGGGAUCUGAACUUAAACCUAGCCAUUCCACUGACAGAGUUUGCAAUGGGGUGGUCUCAGUUUUUGAGGAGAAUGAUCAGUAUCUAAGGGAGUUAAAAACCCUAGGGUCACGAGCUUUUUCUCACGAGAGUGUAUUUAUCCCAGAGGACUCAGAGGAGACAUAUCCAGGACAGACAAUGUCCCAGGAGAACGUUUCAGACAAAGUUAGGAACAUUCAGAGGCAAAUUGGACAUAAUAUCAAAUUUGGUCAGAGACUUCCUUCACUUAGAAAGAGUGAGGGAGAUGAAGGUAGCUCAGAUGAAGAAGAGAUGCCACGAAGUCCACUGAGGGUUCUUGCUCAGGUGGAGAAUGAGCCACCGGAGACCGAAGCCAAGGAAAAUGCUGGCAGCCACGAGACGGUCGAUCACAGAGCUCCAGUCAAAUCCCCACGCACUAAGCGCCCACCUCCCCCUGGCACAAUUGAGUCCAUCAAUCUAGAUGCUGUCCCUCAGUCUGUCCCACGCUUGGACAACACUGCUGCCAAACAUAAACUGUCUGUCAAACCGAAGAACCAGAGGGUGUCACGCAAACAUAGAAGAUUCACACAGGAGUUUCAGGAAGAGGAUUUCUCUGAAAUGCAAGAGCAAUCUGAAACACAAAAGGACGAAGAAGUCUUUGAUUUGCCAAAAGAGGACUAUAACAUUAUCCAUUGGAGCAAAGAGGAUUAUGAACCCACUGAGAAAUCAACAAGGCGACGAUUUCAUGAGGAGGAGCUAGAACGCCUUGAGCUUCAGAGAAGGGAACAAGAGGUAGAGAGAAAGAUGGAGGAACAACAGAGGAGAAUUGAGGAGCAGAGGCUAGAAGAAGAAAAGCUGCGCAGACAGGAGGAGGAUAGGCUGCAAAAGGAGGAAGAGGAGAGGAUGCAACAAGAGGAAGAGGCAAGGAAAGAAAAGGAAGAGGAAGAAAGAAGGAGAGAAGAGGAAGAGCAAAGAUUAAAAAGCGAGGAAGAGCAAAAGAGGCAAGAGGAUGAAAGAAUGCGGAAAGAGGAGGAGGAAAGAAGAAGAGCAGAGGAGGAGAGAAGGCAGCAGGAACUUGAGGCAGAACAUCUUCGUCUGAAAGAGGAAAGAGAAAGGGAGCAGGAGGAGAGACGGAGAAAAGAGGAGGAGGAAGCAGAACAACGUAAGAUUCAAGAGUUAGAGGAGAAACGGCAGAGAGAGGAAGAGCAACGCCUCCGUGCGGAGGAAAGAAGCCGACAAGAGGAGGCUGAGAGAAAAAGACUAGAGGAAAACGAGGAAAGAAAGGGGCAACAGCAAGAGGAGAAAGCUGGAGCUACUGACCCAGAAUGGAAAAGAAAAGCAGAGGAACUGAGAUGGAGAGAGAUGGAGGAGAGACAGAGGCCCUUCACUUUCAAGGUCUCUUCAGGCGAGAAGCAGAUACUAUUCCAGAAGGUCAACCUCACUCCUGUUACUCUGUCAACUGGCCAACAGGGUGAAUCAACAGCUGAAACCAGCGAGGGAGCCAAAGCUUCUUCACCAGGAUGCACAGAUUCACCAACUCUAUCUUCAUCUCUUUAUGUCCCACAUACUGCAAUUCUUGUGACAGGAGCCCAACUUUGUGGAACUGCAGUCAAUCUCGAUCAGAUCAAGGACACAGCCUGCAAGUCCCUACUUGGCCUUUCGGAAGGCAAAAAGGCCAUGAGCACUCCUCCAACCAAAAGCAGGUCUUCACCAGAUCGUAAAUCUGGAAAAAACAAAUCCUUAUAUGAGUCUUCCUUAUCUGCAGACCAAUCAAAUGCUGCUGUCCUGGCAGAAUGGGCAAGUAUCCGAUCCAAAAUUUUUAAAGGUGCUGAGGAUGGAAAAUAUCCUGAAUACCUGGAUCAGAGUCGCAGGCCGAUUAGUGAGGAUCUAAAUACAGUGCCAUUCUCUCACAGCAACCUCAUGAAAACCAUGUCAGCCAGUGCUAAGUUUUCCAUCAUACCAGCCAGAGUGAAGUUUACUGAUUCCAACAGGCGCUCAGAGAGUUCUGGUCAGGAAGACAAAGAAGGUGUGACAAUAGAAUCACCAUCUAUGGAAAUUCCCUCUGUACAAAAAUCUGAAUUGCCCUCUUUAGGUACCAAGAUCCAGAGCAGGGGAAGCAAAGUUGUCCACAUUGCAGAUAGUGUUGAAGAAUGCAUGUUUGCCAAAGACCUCCCCUCCUUCCUUGUUCCCAGUCCACCACAUGGAUCUCCCAAAUCACAGAGGUCUGAGACUGGAUCCCCAAGUCAGGCAGAAUCAGAAGACUUGGAUCCAAAGGAUGAAAGGGAUCAGAAGGAUCAGAGUGGUGAUGAGCGGCCCUCACCUUUUGGAAUCAAGUUGAGAAGAACCAACUACUCUCUUCGCUUCCACAAUGAACAAUCUACAGAGAAGAGGAAGAAAAGGUACAGUGCAGGAGACAGUUUUGAAGGUGUCCCAGUGCCCCUCACCUCCACUGACCAAGAUUCUGACACUUCUACUUUCUCUGAAACGUCUAGCCCUGUUUCUCCUCAACUAGAGAUUACUGGAUUUCAAACCACUACAGCACCCAGUAAAGAAUCUCAAAGUAAGUUUAGCAGAAAUACUCUCCCUUUGGCAUGCACUGAAGCCGACCACUUUGUCCCCAAGCCUCCAUUUUACCAAAAACCAGCUACCUCCCCCAAACCAUCUGAAGGUGCCACACCUCCACCCUCUCCUCUCCCUAAACCUGGUAGAAGGACUUCAGGGGAAAUUAUUUCACUAAGGACAGGGCAAGCAGAACAGAUAGAUGCUGAGCAGAGCAGUGAUCAAAAGGAAGAAGUUGCAGGAUCUGUACCAUCCCAGAAAAAUGGACAAGGAGAGGAGGAGCUUAAAGAAAAGAAGUCAUUUUUUCCAUCCAUCAGCAUGCCAUGGAGAGAGAAAACAGACCGUAGGACAGAACUAAUUAAAAAAGAAAAACCCUCUCUGCAGGCCAGGCACUCUCUGGACAGCUCACGGACACAAGAGAAAGAGACAGGACCACUUUGGAUCACUCUGGCACUGCAAAAACAGAAAGGCUUCAGAGAACAUCAGCAAACCCGAGAGGAAAGGAAGAGCCAGAGAGAAGCUAAGCUGGCUGAGAAACAGGCUAGGGACAGAGAUAGUGCUGGAAUGAUCAGUCCCACAGAAGAUAAGGGCAAUGGAAGUUCCAGACCUCUCAAGCCUCAAACAGCAGAUGAGAAUAAGAGACCAGACUCACUCCUGGCCCGUUUUGAACGACGUGACAACUUGAAGAAAGCAAAUACCUUGCCCAGCUCAGUCACAGUUGAAAUUACAGACUCUACACCAUCUCCGCCAGCAACAAAAGAUGUGACAAAGCGCUUCCCUCCUGGUGACACUACCCAGGUUUCUACCGAGCCUGCCUGGCUUGCCCUGGCAAAGCGUAAGGCCAAAGCCUGGAGCGACUGCCCACAGAUCAUCAAGUGAUCCAUUACUUCUGAGCAGUGAAAAAUCAAACAAGGCAUCUCCUUCAUCCACAUCACUUAGCCAUCACUGCACCCCAGCACACCUAUUCCUCUGAACAAAAAAGUCUAUAAUUAACUUUUGAGCAAUCAGGUAUUUACAAAUAUUUGGUAAUUUAGUGACUAAAUAUUGUACCAAUAUUCAGAUUCACUAAGGAUUUUAUCAAAUGAUCACUUAGACAAUGACAUCAAUCUGCCACUCUGGUUUUCAAUACACAGGAUUAUUGCAAUAGCAUGCAUCAAAAGCUUAUUUACUCAUUUUUGUAUCACAGUCUAUCAAACAAGCCCUAGAAUCUUCAAAGAAGUUGCAGCCCUUCAUAUCUUCAAAGUUACCAGUGGUUAACAGUGUAUAUACACAAUGCAUGUCAAACUGUUGAUUCUAGAUAUCACUAAAACAAUAUCAUAGGUUCACAUUAAGUACAAAUGCAUCAUGUCAAAUAAAACAAGAAAGUAUGUUGUUGCUUUGGUGACAAUUCUGGGAAGAAAUUCAAGGGCUAAUAAUGACACAACCUUCACAAAUUUCACUCCUCGCUCCCACAAGCAUGUAAAUCAGAGAAACUGUUUUGUAAUUUUUCUAGUUUUCGUUUUCCAUGUAUGCACUCAAAUGAGUUGCCACUCACAGAGCUUGCCUAUGGACAGACAUUGUAACUUUUUUAUUUCUUAUUAUAUUUGAUAUGUUGGCAAAGUAAAAAGAUCUCCACUGUGUCCGUGACAACUGUGAGUACUGUUAUUUUAAAUAUUGCUAAAAAUCAUAAAUGACAAAUCAGCACUGUUUAUACAUGUAAUCAACUAACAGUGAAUUUUUCCUUCAAGUUUCCAUGAUAACAUAGUAUACAAUGCACUUGAACUGUGCUGUCAAUUGAUGAAAAAUCGACUUCUUGCAGUGUCUAUACCCGCCAGUUUCUGUAGAAUUGGUUGACCUGGAACCGCCUGCUUGCUGUAACAUAAACAUUGCUAUCCUGGCAUAGCGUGUGCUAGCAUCUCUUUUACAGCUAAUAAGCAAAACUUGCAACACGGCUAAGUGAUGGGAGAUCAGUGUUUCAAAUCCAAUGUUCUGGGGAGAGAGAGUAAGAACAAGAGGUCUAGCCAAUGGAAAUAUCCUUUUUAAAAAAGAGGAGCAUUUCCAGUGAGUGAAUGAAUGGACUAUUGACGGACAUCACCUCUUGUCCUUGAAUAAGGCAGCUAACCCCAGAUUGCUUCGGGGGGUAUUGUCCUUGUAGGUGCAGUUGCUCUGAAAAAAGUGUCUGCUAAAUGAUGGAGGUUAGUAAAAACGAAACCUUGAUCUCUCAGCAGAGCCACUGACUCCACUAUCUAAUGUAACAUUGUAUGUAUGUAAUGUAUGUAUGUAAUAGAAGUGAAAUGAAGCAGACUGCAUUCCUUUGGAGAUCUCCUGAACUGCAGUCACGUCACUUUUUUCAUUGGUAGUGUGCAAUAGUGUCGCGUAAACAGUGUUGUAUAAUGAUAUAAAACAAAAAGUUUGUUGAUAAUUACACUUUUUGUUCCACUUUAGUAAAAACCCAUGACAGAAAAAGUGAUGCAAUGUUAUGAAAUGUUGAAAAAAUUAAAGGAAACUGUUUGAACUUGG